AUGGAAUUAUGGGCAUGUGGAUUCAAUGCUUGGAAUCAGCUGCAAUUCGAAGGAGGUCUUCCCGAUGAGCCUGAAGAUGUCUUCACUUUCAAACGAGUAUUGAGAGCAGAGGGAACUAUUAAGAUUCUUGGAACUUCUUUUUCGGCUUGCUUGGCAGUAAUAUCGAAUGGCUCCUCAGGUCUCCACGAAGAGAUAAAAGUUGCCGGUUCCCCAGAUGGCUUCUUACAAGCACAAUUAGAACAGAUUACUGCAAGGAAUAGCACUCAACCUUCAAACGAACAAACAGAUUUUGAAAAAUCAGAAGGUGUUGCAAGUAAGGCAACCGCAGCUGGAAACGACAAGAUUGCAGCUUCCACACCAACAACCCUAAUCCAAUACCCAUCUCUUUCCGCAUAUCUCUCCCAAGCCAGUCCGGAUUUCACAUUUCCCCUCCCGCACAUCACGCAACUCGUCUCCAACACCACCACCUUCACGGCCCUCACCCAAGAAGGAAAUGUUUACACCUGGGGCGACGAACGGUACCCCUCCUGUCUCGGCCGCGAACCCACCUCUUCAAAUCCAGCAUCUCAACCCACCCUCCUCACCUCUCUUAUCUCUCUCCCAACUGGAAAAAUCCACAAACUAUCUUCUUCCGGUCCCCUAACCGCCGCUCUUACCACAGGCCACGAUCUUUACAUAUGGGGACGUACCAAUACACCUUCUAUAAUUCCCGAACUCUCAGACAUCUCUUCAUUUUCAUACUCGGACGAUUACGAUCCCAUUCCACUCGAUAUCCACGGAGCCGACAUCCUCGAUUUCAGCAUUGGUGAGAACCACAUGCUGGUGCUGACGACGGAUGGAGAAUUGUGUGUCAUUGGAGAGAAUGGAAAUGGACAACUUGGCCUUGGAGAGGGGGAGAAAGAGAGAUGCGGGGAGUGGAGGUUGGUUGAUUUGGAGUUUGGGGAAGGGAGUACGAAGAAAUGUGUGGGCGUGCGGGCAGGGUACAAGUGUAGCUUUGCACUCGUGCAGGACUUCUCUUAA